CGUGGAGCUUAGAUUGUUUCCCUCUGCUUGAUAUUGUUACUAUCAUAAAGUUGUAUGUGAAUCAAACGCUAAUAUAAAACCGCUGCAUAAUUUAGGGCUGCCUUUCUCUUUAAUUCCGCAGGAGACUUUAUUGCGGAGCCCCACAAAAUGUUGGAGGGCGGGUCGCGCUCGCGCAGCACUCGCAGUGAGUUGUCAAAAAUCUGUUGCGGUGGUCCACAACCUUCAUUAUAGUAACCUUUCGUGAGUUGUAUCCUGCGAGUAGUUUUUAUUAGCGUUAAGACUCCUUCGUCUUCCGCAUUGGUCGUUUUACCCAGAGGAUAAUGCAGAGAUUUGGUGGUCGCGUGACCGCACUCACUGCAACUUCGAGCGGCGGAUAGGCGCAAGGGCGCGGGUAGUGCAUAGUUAUCCAGUGCGCAAGUGUCACUCUGCGUGGAUAAUCCCAAACAACUGCGUCUCCGACCGCAGGGAUGCCUCUGAUCAGCCUGGACGACGAUGAUCAGAGAUGGGUCCCGACGCACGUCAACGUGACCGUCCUGCGCGCGAGGGGUCUGCGGACGAAGGGCAAGCAAGGCAGUCGAUACGUUUACACUAUCAUCCAGGUGGGUAAGGAGAAGUACAACACCGGCCUGGUGGAGAAGGCAGAGGAGCCGCAGUGGAACGAAGAGAGCUCGUUCGAGAUGCCGCCCGGUUUGCUGGAGGCUGGAGGGACGAGCGCGUACCCGGCCGGGAGCAGCAACCUGGUGUUCACCGUCAUGCAUCGAGUGCUCAUCGGUCUGGACGUGUUUCUCGGUCAGACUAUUGUUCCGUUGGACAAAGUUUUCCAGGAGGGGAUGUGUCCCAGAAACGAGUGGCUUACGCUACACUCCAAGGUCGGUCGAAAAGAGAAAGAGCGAGGAGAGCUGCAGGUGACCGUUCAGUUCACUCGCAACAACAUGACUGCUAGCAUGUACGAUCUCACCGUGAAGGACAAGCCUCGUUCAGCUUUUGGAAAGCUCAAGGAUCGUGUCACAGGGAAAAAGAGAGGGGACGUAGAAUCCUCCUCUGCCAUUUUACCUGGCCGCUACGCUGCUCUGUCUGGGUCCGUGGGUCCACCCUUUGCAGGAGAUGGUGGACCGGAUGAACCGGCUGAAGAGGAGGGGUUUGAUGAACACAGGAGCAAGAUGAAAGAUUUCUUCCUGAAGGGGAAACUGCGUAAGAAUUCUGACACACGCUCUUGUUCGUCCUUGGCGUCGGACAGUAGCAUGGCAUCAUCCGCCGGGGAUCCAUUUGUUCCGAAAGAGCUGUCCAAAACUCCCAUAUACAGCUGUAGAGUAAUGGAGCCCUUCCGCGUGGACAGCGAAGGAGGGAUAAAAGUGAUGACCCACAAGCGUGCACACAGCGAUGAAGCCAGUAAGAUCAACGGUGUUCCCCGGCCCAGUCCCGCCGUUGAAACCCUAAAAGGUCAGAGCACGGCGCUCUCCCAAUCCACCAUCUGCAUCAACGGCAGCCAUAUCUACUCAUUCGAGCCUGUCAGCCCCAAAAGCCCAAGCUCCAUCCCAGCCAAGCGUUCGCUGUUGGAGAAAUGCGCACCUCUUUCUCGCUCUCUCCAGAACCUCACCCGACGCGGCGAGGAUUCGCAGAAGAGCGAUGGAAGACGCUGUUCGGUUGAAAAGAGCAAGAAGGAAGACGGUGAGGCAGAUGGUUCUAUAAGUCAGACCACCUCAGAGGGGAAGCCAGCGCAGGCCGCUGGCCCUCCGACGGCGUCUUCUGGGGUCAUGGAAGUGGUGGACAAAGGGAGAAAACUGAGGAAGACCUUUUUUUCUAGUGGGAGGAGUGAGUCUUUCCCAGCCAAGCCAGAGCAGAGCCAGGUUUCUGUUCCGUUUGAAGGCAGACGUAGGGGAUGGUUUGGCUCCGGUGACUCAUACAACAAGCCAAGGCUGGGAGUCUCUCCUAAGGUAGAGAGCAGCUCAGACACAAACCCUUCUCCCCCCCUCUCUAACCCCCCCAGUCAGCCCCCAUGCACUCUCCCUAUCGGUUGCACUACCGGGUCAAUGUCUCCCCCUAGUGGCGAUCACUCCAACCCAUUCACCUGCUCAUCCCCGACACCACCUUCCAUCUCCCCCUCCAACCCUUUCCUCACGCGACUACAGCAGAAUCCAUUUUUCGAGGAUCUUAUUGCUGAAGAAGCACUGAAGUCUCCUGUUUACUGUUCUCCCAAUUCUCACCCAGGCUUUCCCAGCCCCCUUCGUAACAAAAUGUCUGCGAUAAAGCGAGAGAGACCUAGGAGUAUGGCCAGGCAGAGGUCUCUUCCAACCAUUAUGUCUGAAACACCAGACACGUCGGGUAACUCAAACGCUAAUCUAAACUAUUCUCAGUCCGAGAGGGCCGGGCAAGACGAUGACUUUAAGGCAUUCGCCACCAGCCGCUUGAAAUCACCAACGGGAACCCCAACUAGACCUCCAUCAGCAUCAUGUGUACCAGAUGUGAACCAGAUGGUAUAUGUCAAUAAUAGGCCAGACAAUCGUUUGAGAGUUGAUGAAGUUGAUAUGGAUGUUCCAAAGCCAUGGGAUCUCCCUCCUUUACCGCCUCGUAGACCCGUGAGGAACCAGGUCGCAGGCAGGGAGAGAUUCUCCGACAGCUGGUUAGAUCGAGCGCAGGAGUUGGCGGUACAGAAAGAGGCCUGCUUCCUCUCUCAGACUGACUUUGCUUCUAUGCAGCAUGUGAGAGAAGGAGAUAUAAAGAGGAACUCUCAAAUUUUAUGUUUAAAUAAAGAGUUUAACACCGACCACGUUUCCUCACUUGACCGUGACGAGAUGCAUCCUUCAUUGGAAACAGAGGUGCGCAGCGGCUUGCUUGAAUUUAAGGAAGAAAGAAUCCUGCCUGAGAGAUGCCUUCCUCCUAAUUUAGGUCUUACGUCUGAUUUGACUUCAAACAACAUUCCCCACAGUUCUCCCAAUGGUUUCGGUGAGGAUGCACUCCAUUCCCAUCAUUCAGAACCGGAAACGCUGUGUUUCCCAUCUGACUUUGACACCACAGUGACCGAAUCGCUUUGCAGUUCCCCUCGGACCCAACCAAAACACGACUCUGAAUCGUCCUGUGAAAUGAAUCCAAAGCAAAAAGCCGAGCAAAAACAAACUUCUAAAACUACAAAUGACAUUUGUUUGCUUGUGCUCCCCCAUAGAGAUUCAAACAACAACACAGAUAGUACUUCACAGUUUGCUUUUAUUGAUUCAGGAAGUUCUGCGUCUGAACCGCCGUUUGAAAUGAACAAAGACAUAAAACCUUCAAAAGAGUCGAAUGAGUAUUGCAUUUUAAACUCUUCUGGGAAUGAAAUGUCACCACCUAGAUGUUCACCGGAGGAUUUAUUGUGCAGAAUAACAUCAGAGCUAGAGAUGUUUUCACCCAAGAAGACGUGUAUCACAGACACAUCGCGUAUUAACGACUCGCAGAAUCGUAACCAUUUGGAUCAUUCGUCACUUUUUCAGAGAUCACGUGUAGAACAAGAAGUCAAAUCGUGCGGAUGCACGGCUUCAAGUGUAAACUGUGAGUCUCGUGAGGUUGACGUUCUCCAAAACAAAGACAUCUCUGUGACCACACAAACACGCUCGGCACAUGCCACCGAUGACAUUGGGACUCAGAUGGAAGAACGUGGGGAAGCAGAAAACAAUGACGUCGUACACACUACACGUAAUGAUGUAGACAUGCUUGAACAGACUUGUCCUUCAGCAGAAUCUGAGGACGUUAAUCAAACCUCGAAGGCCAGUGAAAGCGAGGACUUCAGUUUGACUCGUGAUGAACGAAUCAGCUUUGAGGACCUGCAUGCAAAAGUAGCUCCAAAAGGCUCAAGAAGCCUGUAUAAAACCGAUGUGAAGUCAGCCCGCAUCAGACCACGUUCCACCACGAGCUCACCCAAAACCAUCAUGGAUGCUGAAUCUCCAAAUCCUGCAUCAGAUCUCAUUCCGCAUGAUACCUCUCCCUCACCCUUCCCAUUAGCUUGUACCAAUGCCUGUCUCCAUCCUCACCCUCCCCUUCCUGUGAACCCCCCGAAUGAGAUGCCUAGCAUGGGUUCCACUUCCUCCACCAAAUCCCAGCCCCAGGUUGAUGUACCGCUCCCCCUCUCACCUGAGGAGACACAGCCAGCCAGCGUCCUCCUGCCCCUUGAGGAGAGCAGCCCUCACCCAGUGAAGCCUUUGACCAACACUGUGCAAGGAGAGAAGAAAUCAGAAAGCCGCUCAGUGCUGGAGAAACUCAAGUCCACCAUCAACCCAGGACGAUCUGUUCCAGUGAUGCCUACUGAGGAGGAGAAAGAUCAGUUGGCUCUGAUGGAGGCUCGCGCGCAGUAUCAGAACAUGACCAACAUGGAGUUGAUAGCUCUGCUGCUUCAGCAGGAAAUUGACAUGAAAAAGCAGCGUGCUGAAACCGAGGUGCAGGUGGCCCUGCUGGAGAAGCGUGAGGCUGAAUUGAAGAAGAUGAAGGUUCAGGUCAGAGACCUGGAGGACUAUAUUGACAAGCUGUUAGUGCGCAUCAUGGAACAGACGCCCACCUUGCUGCAGGUACGUGGGAGACCCAAAUGAGCAGAGUGACCCAUUGUGCCAGAAACGCCUCAUGCUGAACUAAAGCCAUUUGUGAUGCUCCAUUAAAUGUCAAAACUGCCAAGAUCAUGUAGACACAAUACAGCUUUGCAUGAGGAAAUAUCCACAAUCAGUUGAAGUUUAGUAUAGCAACUGCUAGUCAAGCUAAAAGCACAAGGCAGUGGAAAGUUAAAUAAAAAAGUUAAUGUAGUUGUAAAUGGAAGGCACAUACAUAUGUCUUCCGGUUAAUACUUAGAUACUUUUCUAAUAUUUCUGGGAUCUUUACUUCAAUGUAUCAUUAGUGUAUCAUAACGCUGAACAAAAUGUCUCUAAAGUUGCAAAAAUCUGCAAAUGCAAAUAAACACACUGCCUGUAUAAACUGACUUGUAUAGAUGGUCACUAUAACACUUGAAAUUUGUUAUUUCCUCAUUACUAAGAGUAAAGUAUUCGGAAAAACUGAUAUGCUAUAAGCCCUCUGAAACAUCUGACCUAUUCUCAGAAAAAUGUUCAAAUUUUGUUUCAGACUUAUUAAAUUAAGUUCACCUGGUAUUAACACUAAUACUUCCAGUAAGUUUUGAAACGUUAGUAAUAUUUAAUACAUAAUAUGCAACACAUUGUGUCAAAGUUGAUGUAAAAUAAUCAUAUUCUGUACCUGUAAAUAAGUAAUUCUUGAUGGCUUUGAAAAGCACCUUAUAAUACGCAGUAUGCAAAAACCAUAGUGCUUGAGCUAGUCAGCUUUGCUUCAUUGAUAUUACAGAUGUCAAUGCAUGCUCACAGCCAUCAAAGCACACGCACUAAAGUAAAUAUUGUCUUGAAAACAUGUAAGCUAUGCAAUAACACUUGCAAGCUGUAGCUUAAGUUAAAAUAUGCUACACAAAUGUGACCCUGGAUCACAAAACCAGUCUUAAGUAGCACGGGAACAUUUUUAGUAAAAGACAAAAAUACAUUGUGUGAGUCAAAAUGAUCGAUUUUUCUUUUAAGCCAAAAAUCAUAAGGAUAUUAAGUAAAGAUCAUGUUCCAUGAAGAUGUUUUGUAAAUUUCCUACCUUAAAUAUAUAAAAACUUUAUUUUUGUGAGUAGAUGGUCUGCCACAGUGCCCCUGAUUAACAACUUCAAAGGCAAUUUUCUCAAUAUUUAGAUUUUUUUGCACUCUCAGAUUCCAGAGUUUUAAACGGUUGUAUCUCAGCCAGAUAUUUUCCUAUUUUAACAACUCAUACAUCUAUAGAAAGUUUAUUUAUUCAGCUUUCAGAUUAUGUAAAAAUCUCAAUUUCGAAAAAUUUACCCAUAAGACUGGUUUUGUUGUCCAGGGUCACAAAUAUAUUUAUGAAGCCUUAGCAUUGCAGCAUUCAUAAAUCAUUGCUGAUGUAGCAGAUUUAGUGAAGUAGCAAAUGCCAAAGCUAAACCACAAAAGCUUAAACAAAGCUUUAAAAAAGAUGUAUGUUUUUUAUGUUAAGUGUAACUACAUUAUAUUAGUGUGGCUUUUGUUUUUUAUUUCGAUUCAGAAAGUGUUUUAUUUUUUUAGUGGUUCUAAAGUUUUACGUUUUCUCCCGUGUUUCUGCUGAUGAAAAUGAUGUGAGGUUCUAAGUUUCAUUGUUGGAGCUUGAGAAAGUACAGGGUUGUGUUGUGUAGAUUGUUGUUAACUCGCUGAGUGUUAAGCUGUGUAAAGUAUUUCACCAACCGUGCAUCCAAAUGAAAAUCUCAGUUUAGUAUUCCAGUGUGUUUCAGGAGAGAACGAUGUAGCACUGUGAUUUUGGAUUGUGAUGUUAAUUUGCUCUUCUUUUGUCUUCAAUUAUCAACAUGUUUGUGGAUUUAUUUACAUGCUACAUUCACAUUUGUAUUUUUCUUCCUGUUUUAUUUAUUGCACAUUUUUUCCAAGCAGUUUCAUUUUCAAAGUUAUUUAAAUAAA